GGCCGAUUCACACGGGCUGGCCUGCCCUGGCAGCGUGCACCGACACCUAUCGGGGCCAACUACGUCACUAUCGCAAUUAGAAAAUUCCAUGAAAUCCGACCCCCAAUCUGCGGCAUGUCCCCAUGACUGCUGCCGCCCUGCAUCGCCAGCUCACGGCGUGCAGCGAUGAUGCGCCGUCAUGGCGACAUGGCACCGACAGGCCACAGCGCGCGCUGCAGCUGCCUCUUGUUCUUCAUGCGUCUCCCGAGGUCCCGUCCCCCACAUUCCUCGUGAUCCAGCCUCCGUACCUUCCGCUUCCAUCAAACUACGAUCGAGCGAUCGCGUUGCUAGCGUCGUCCUCUCCGACCAAGACUCUCAACUUCAGCGGCGGGCCUUUUGCGGUGAACAACUUCCUGAUGUUGACGCGUCUUGCAUGUCCCGCCAAACGACGCGCGCUGAUCUCGAAAAGCCUGCAAGUCCUGAGUCCUGAUCGCGCAGUGUCUCUCGAAUCAAGCAAAGAGUUGGGACAGUGCUACCGGACGUGCCGAAAUCGACGCUAUGCCUGCGCUGGCUGGCCGCUGCAACUAUCGAGUAUUGUUGGCGCUUCGACAGACGCGCCAAGCUGGAGACAGACUGCAGGCGGCGUGAUGACACAAUCCUCCAGAGAGACCGCAGCACCAGAGAGCCGUAUAUACACGCCCGCUGCCUGCAGGACGACUUCUGGUGCUGACCGGACGACCUCCUGGACGUGCAACGUGAAUCACGAAUCAUCUGUGGCCAACGUCGAACUGACUCAGAAGGAGCGUCAGCCGUGAUCGAGUACAGCGACCGAGUGCACAUGGAACGCGAAGCUGGACGGCAGCACGUUGGGCGUCGCAGCUAACUUGCAGCAAUUUCGAAACAUGAAGCAACGACGCAGCCGCAUAGAUUUGCCAACUACCACUGCCAUUGCGAUCGUCGG